GAGGUUGCGUUCAAUAAUCACUUGGAUGCAGAGCCGGUCACUGUGUCCACACAGCUAAGGACUGUCCAGCCCCAUCUGAAUUCUUCCUGUUGAAGAUUCCUGCCUAGCCACCUGAAGAGCCUUAAGGAAAACCUGUCCGAAAUCCUUGUGUGCAGACCCAGAACGUCCUCAUGGCGGUAUCAGUGACAAGACGCAUUGUGGAGGAAGUUGUGGAUUAUCUCACGGACACACUCAGCAGAGUGGAUCUGGAGCGACUCAUAACUGAACAUGGAGUCUGGAAGGCGUUUGUGGACGCAGCAGAGUUGUCAAGAGAGGGGGAAGUUGCCCUGCGUGAUGCGCUGAAGAAGCAUUUAGCUCAGAAUCCCACAGAUAAAAAUAAGAGGCUUGAAGAGGAGCAGAAGAAAAAGAGGUUUUUGAAAGAAUUUCCUCAGUUGAAAAGCAAACUUGAAGAACACAUCCAGAAGCUUCGCUCCCUGGCUGACCAUCUUGAUAAAGUUCACAGCGGCUGCACCAUCUCCAAUGUGGUAGCUGAAUCCACCAGCACUGUCUCUGGAGUCCUGGGCAUCCUGGGUCUAGUUCUGACACCCAUUACAGGAGGAACCAGCCUGAUGCUCCCAGCAGUGUCCUUGGGGCUGGUAGCAAGUAUGGCUAGCCUCACCACCACCAUCGUGGAAGAGUCAAGCAGGCUCUCAGAUGAAUCGGAAGCCAGUCGUCUCGUUGGAGCCAGCAUGAACACAUUCCAUGAGCUUAUGAAAAUCAUGCCUAAGAUCACAGUCAAACUUAGUAAUACGGGUGUGGAUUUAAUCAGUGCCUGUAAAAGCCUCAAGGAAUUAAUCAGGGCCAUCAGGAUUUCCAGAGCUGGUUAUCGCCCACUAGGGCAAAUUGCAGAGGGCAUCUAUGCUGAAGGUUCAAGGGAGUUGGGGAAUGCAUUAAGAGCGAGUAUUGAAGGAGUAAGUGUUACCAGUUUCUUCCUUGCAUUGGAUGUGUAUCACCUCGUGACAGAUUCAAUAGAUUUGUACAAUGGGGCAACGACAGAGUCGGCAGCAGCGCUGAGGAAACUGGCUCUCAUGCUGGAGAGAAAGUUGCAGGAAUUUGAGAAGAUUCACAAGGCUCUGCAGUGAGACCUGCCUCAGUGACACCUCCCCAAAGAAGCUAAAAAUGCAGGAAAGAUGGCAUCAAUUGGGAGUGGGGUGGGGUGGGGUGGGAAGGGAGGAGGCAGCCUUUACAAGGGAAAGCACUAGAAAUAAAGUCUUUGGAACUGAGCAUUGAAGAGUUUGUGUUUCUGUGACUGGGCACAGCGAGAUCAAUGCAGACAGCCAGUAACUCAAUAAAAGAAAGAAAUUGGAGUCUAAACAAGGAAUCCCAGUCUUUCCAACCUAAAGAGUGGGAAUGGGACUUAAACAUGGUGGGUGUGAGUAGGGAGAGCUACAGAAAAACAAGCAAUGAGAAGGAAGGAAACCUGGAGAGCGAAUAAUGGGAGAAAGUCAGAGUUAGAAUUCUAUAUCUGGAGAAGCCACAAUGGUGGCCAAUAUCUUCUCCCCUGAGGGAAGCAUCCCUAUGACCUCUGGGCUAUUCCUGCCAGCAGCUGUAGGAUCAGCUCACCCAUGUGUCCUCCAGGCAGUGACCUUUCAGCAGUAUUAGCACUGGUGAGCUGGCGAUGAAGACAUUGAAGAAGAAGAUGUUAAGAUGGCGGUGGUGAUAACAAAGUAGAUGAAGCUCUUGACAAGGAGCCAGGCAUCCAAGGGGACAGGGUCACCUGAGAGAACAAUGACAUCAAAGUGAAUGUCGGUGUGCUGUGAUGUGUCAGCGGUGGGUUUGGGCAUAAAGAAUCAAGGUAGAUUUGCAUGGGAAAUCAAGCAACUUAUGGUUUGGAGACGAAAUUCACAGUUUGUGAUAAAAGACUCAACGGGCAACCCUCAGUCUCUUUUCACUCUGAAGGGAGGUGUCCUGGCCAAGAUGGUGUCUCAGAUCAACGGGCUCUUGCACACUUAUAUUUAUAGAUUUGUGUUCAAUAAAUAUUAAUCUCCUGGUCUAUAAAAUUUGAGUAUAGAACAGACAAUUGAA